AUGCACCUCAAUACCAAAAUUCUCAUCGUCGGCGGCGGCGCCUUCGGUACCUCGACCGCAUAUCAUCUCUCGCAACGAGGAUACAAAUCCAUCCGAGUACUUGACCGAUACCCAGCUCCGUCAUGCGAAGCAGCUUCCACCGAUAUCAGCAAAGUCAUUCGCAGUGACUAUAAUGAGCCGCUCUACGCCAGAAUGGGGAUUGAGUCCAUUGAGGCAUGGCGCGGUUGGGACAUGUUCAAAGGGCUGUACCAUGUUCCUGGAUGGAUCCUUAGUGCAAGCAAUUUGUCCGUUCCUUUUGUGGAGGGUUCGAUUGAGACGUCCAAAAAGCUCGGGGUUCAAGGUCUGGAGCGUCUGGCUCCGGAUCAAAUUCGAGAGCGUUUGCCAUUGGUGACGGGAAAAUUGGAUGGGUGGAAUAUCAAUGUCUGGAAUCCUACUGCCGGUUGGGCGAAUUCCGGCGAGGCUCUUCGGCGAAUGGCAGUUGCGGCGGAAAAGAAUGGCGUCGAGUAUAUUACAGGGGAGGCAGGAUAUGUACAACAACUUCUCUACUCGGCCGAGGUAUGUACAGGAGUUGUUGCUCGAGAUGGAACGGUACAUAAAGCCGACAUGGUCAUCAUGUCUGCUGGAGCGUGGACACCUAGUCUGUUGGAUCUCGGAGGACAAUUGACGGCAAAAGGUCAUGCAGUAGCUCACAUUCAGAUGACGCCAGAGGAAACGCAGCGUUAUGCAUCACUCCCUAUCCUCGACAACUUGGAACUAGGGUAUUUCUUCCCUCCGCAGGAAGAUGGUAUAUUUAAAAUGGCACACAGCCAGUUCAUUACCAAUAUGACGACGAGUCCCAUCUCCGGGAUCACAACUUCAGUUCCACAUACUUUUAUUCAAUCACCAACAGACGAUCUGCCAUUGGAUAUUGAAGCAACCAUGCGACGCAACCUACGACGAGUGUUUCCAGAAUUGGCUGAUCGUCCGUUCUGCUACACUCGGCUUUGCUGGGAUGCUGACACGGCCGACCGUCAUUUUCUUGUUACACGCCAUCCGGCCCGUCAAGGUCUUUAUAUUGCUACCGGCGGCUCUGCACAUGGAUUCAAGUUUUUACCGAUCGUUGGAAAAUAUAUUGCAGACUUUCUUGAAGAUAAGCUCGAAGCGGAGAUUGUCCACCACUGGCGAUGGCGUGCGGGGGAAAAUGUCAACACCAAGAAUUUGGCACAUCUAGACCCAGAACUAGAAUUGGCUGAAUUGUCAGGGUGGCGAGACCGAAGGGUUCGUGAAAAUCAGAGGAAUGAUUUGGCGAAGCUUUAG